AUGGAUUCAUCUCCGUCACCUGCAACGCCGGCGUAUAACUUUUUGGACCACACUCUCGCGCAGUAUGACCCGCUCCUCCGCCAAGACCCUCUGGCUGGAGGCUAUCUGCCGUCUCCCACCACCAUCACUCCAUUCCUUGAGCAACAAUUGUUGAUCGGCCCCAACAUGGCUGAUCAGUUCUCGGGGAAAUUGAUGCAUCCCAUCACUCCUAACCCAUAUCCCAUUGCGCCCGUGCCGUUGCAUCCUACACUCCAGAACCUCUCCACGUCAUCGCAACCCCCCAAUGCGUCUGUCCCACCCCCAGUCACCUCGGCCCCUGCCAACGCGCAACCUCGGACCUCCCCAACAACAAGCUCAGCUCCCACCACUGGCAAGAAGAACAAAUACCCUUGCCCCUAUGCGCAAUCACAUCACUGUCAAGCCACCUUUACUACGUCGGGGCACGCCGCGCGUCAUGGGAAAAAACACACCGGCGAGAAGGGUGUUCAUUGUCCGAUCUGCAACAAGGCAUUUACAAGGAAAGACAACAUGAAGCAGCACGAGCGCACACACAAGGGCCAGUCUACGUCAAGUAGCAACAGCGAAGACUCGACUCGUAAAAGCAAGGCGGCUAUCACUAAAGACGCGCAAAAGGCGAAGCAACUCAAGAAAGAGCACAGCUCAAACACAGAAGCGAGCCGGCGAUCGAGUCUGAUUCAUUCGCCUCUUUCCGAAGUCACCUCUGUCGCCCCCACGGCUAUUGAUACUCCCCUCAAUGUUGAGGAACCCUCCAUCUAUGCGGACCCGACCGAGGUACUCAUGCCCAUCCAAACUAUUCCAGACAACGUAUCCCCGAGCUCUCUGUAUCCGCCGCUCGGCGACGAGACUCUGAUGCAUGCGGCUUCUCUGGGCCAAAUACCUGUCAUGAGCAAAUCGCACGAUCCCAGCUCUGGAGUUGGUGGUUUUAUGAACGCCAUGCCGCCUCUCAUUCGCGGACUUUCAGACCUCGACACUCUUGCACAGGCUGCGGAAAGUUUUGAUGCGUCCUUCUACCCGCCUGGCCUAUAUCCUCCACCGUCACAAACACCGUGA